AACAUUUGCAUGCCACCUUUACUUUUUCAUCAUACCGUCUGGAAGGAGCGCAUGCGGGUGGUGGAUCCCUAACAAGAUGGUAUGUUAUGUCAAUCCGAGUUGCCGCCUUGCCGCCCAUGGUCGCUGUCGGUUGUGAGGGACAAGUGAAGGGACCUCCGAGGCGAUGGGACUUAUUGAUAAGGUCCACCGGCUCGACUGUUUUUCUCUCUCACCAACUGUUCUUUGAGCGAUAGCUCCAUUCUUUUAUUUUUAUUUUCCAACUCAGUGAGCGCUGCGCUCCACUGCUCUCCCUUUGUCGGCGACACUCACCGGCAUCGAAAACGGCGUCGUUCUGGCGUCGGUUGAUUGUGAAACUUGUCAUUCUUUGUCGGCUUGACUGCCCUGUGCGCAUAGAGAGAGGCUACCGAGUCCCUUUGUCUGUCUUUGACUAUCAUAUUGUAUACCCCGGGCUCGGGUUAUCAGGAUUCUUCGAGUGCAAGCCAUGCCUUCGCUUUUCAGCGUCCUACAUUCCUGUCUACUAGGUUUUGUGCUCGUUUUGAGUCUCAUAUGUCUCGCCCUGGCAGGCCAUUUCCAGGCAAUCCUCACCCCAUCCCAUCUCACCCGUGAUGUACCCUUUGCAAUCGCUGUUUCAUGUCUUGGUCUCGUAACUAUGCUUGGCCUAAUCGCAAGUGGCAUAUGGCGCCUUGUUUCCACUCGGCUAGAACUGGUUGGUACGGGAAUUAUGGCCACACUAUGGCUAGCUCUUGCUGGUUCUCUCGCGGCUUCAGAAGCCAAGUCUGCCAUCGUCCAGUGUUUCGCCUCUUCUUCAGAUAGCACCGUCGUCGGUGGUUUCACCACGGAGAUGUACCAAGCACAGUAUCGAGUGAUUGAAUCCUUCGCUUUCGUCAUUGCUUUCUUGCUUUUCGGCUUCACCUUGACGGCUUUCAUCCUAGCCCUUCGGCAGCACGCCAACGGCACAUCGCACGUCUGGGUCGUCCCCAUCGCCGCCGUCGAUUGGUUCGGUACCAUGUCCCCAUCCGCAUCUUCGUCUCCACGUAUCAACAAACUCCCCUUCCCUACCACGACUCCCUCCUCUCCCGCCCGCCGCACCCGCACCCGGACGUUCUCAAGAUCCACCCGGGAACCUCCAGCAGACGAUACGGAACCUCUGGGCACGGGUGCGAACGUGGAGAAAUCGCAUCGACAUGCGAGGAACGUUUCGACGCCGAUAUAUCAUCAGUGGGCUCAGAGAGGACGGGAGGCUAUAUCGAAUAGUGCGAGGAAUAGCAGGGUGUAUGAUUAUUGGAGGAGGGAUGCUUCGCCUCCGCGGUGAUCAUAGGACGGGUAGACGGAUUUCCGACUUCGCAUAUACCCCCAGGUCAAGCCAAGCUACGGCUACGGUUAAGACUACGAAAUUUUUACGAUUGACACGCGUCUCAACUCCCGGGAUGGAUGGAUGGAUGGGACGAUCUGCAGGUUUUCUUGGUUCAAGGGUCGGAAUGGUAUACAUGCGGGAUAUUCGGAAUAGAGGGCUGGUCAUUGAUUGACGUAGUUGUGGGUAUUGGAUACCAAGUGUGUAAUCAUUCUCUUCGGCACUCUUUUAAUACGAAUAGAAUGGGUUUUUG